AUGAUGGAAAGCCACGACGACUUCGAUAGUCAGAGCCAACUUCAGAGAGCGCUCGCCGACAAAAUCACAAAUUAUGCGCCGAUCGAGGAAAUCCGCUACGUCCUUAUGCGUGGAGCACAGGUUGAUGGACAAGUCACCGCCGGGUUGACACCACUCCAUUACGCUUGCUAUAUCAACUACCAGGCCGCAGCAAAACUUCUUUUGACCCUUGGAGCAAAGGUGCAAGCUGUCGACAAUAUUGGUUGCUCUGCACUUCAUCUUUGUGCCGAACACGGACAUUACAGAAUGAUCAAGCUGCUUCUUCAGUACAUGAAAGUCGUUGAACAGUACGAGACUCCAGAGUUUCGUGUUGGAGACAAAUAUCCACAACGAGAAAAUAUUGACGAGCCACUUCGACUUGCUAUCAAGAAUGGUCACUAUGACUGCGCCCGUCUUCUCCUAACUAAUGGAGCAAAUCCAAAUGCCAUCUAUUUUGACGGACCAGAAAUCACUCAAGUGAGCCCAUUGGACACCAACUUUUUGGAAAUGCUUCUUGAGUUUGGUGCUGAUCCAAACGUGUUUGAUCGUAAGGGUAUGACACCAAUAAUGAAGGCUUGUCGUAUGAAGGAUAAGGGAAUCGAGGCGAUUCGGAUUUUGUUGAAGUAUGGAGCAGAUAUCAACAAGUUGUCUCCAGAACGUCAAGAUCAUAGAAGUGCUCUUCACUUUGCACUUCUCUCUGGAAACCAUGAUUUGGUGAAAUUUUUGAUUGCAAAUGGAUGUAAUGUGAAUAUGGAUGAAAAGUAUGAGAAACCAUCUCCAAUUGAUAUUGCUGUCUUGAAAGAUGAUCCAGUUCUUUUGAAAAUUGUUCUGGACGCUGGAGCCAACCCAAAUGCAGUCCAUACUUACAUUGGAUCAUGUCUUCAUUUGGCAUCUUGUUCGGUUCUUCUCAACCAAUACAAAAUUGUUGAGCUUCUCUUGGAACACGGAGCUGACAUGAACCUCCAGCACAAGUUCCCCGAUGGUUCCCGCUUGAAAAGUCCAUUUGUCGAGUACUUCCGCUCCAAUGAUAGCAUCGACGCAAAAGUUGUGAAAUUGUUCAUCACCCACGGCGCCAAAGUUGUUAUGAGAAACCCACUUCACGACUGUCGUGGACAACUCCGCAAUGUUCUCAAACUAGCCGCUCUCCAAAACCAACCAGAAGUCUUGGAACUUCUGUUGGGACUUGGUGAGCAGUAUGACAACAAGGCUAUUGAAAGACUCCCCUUGCCAUCGGAGCUGAAGACUCAUAUCAGUGAGAGAGCCAAAAAUCCACACAGCCUCCAACAUUUGUGCCGUCUUCAAAUCCGGGACACCGUCCAGACGUCCGAAUACAAGACCCUCCCAAUCCCAGAGUUCUUGAAAGCCUAUCUCUUGGGAUUGAUCCCAUAG